GAUCCCGGAUCAUUGCCGUACAUGGUAAAAGCGAUUUCGCAAUCGUCUCGUCUCCAUGUUCCCAAACAAAAACACACAGUGAGCUCACACCGACGGGACCAAACUACUACUUUCUGCCCUAACUUCCCACAGUGUGUCGGAUGGUUGAGCCCCCCCGCCGGCCCGUGAAGGUUGGUAGCAUCUCCAUCUCUUUGGUGAGGGGAACAGAUUACAUCAUCAGGCAGCAGCCCAAUGAGCCGGCAGCUUAAACUCUCCUCACCAGAUCAAACCGGCGUGAGCGUGAUCCAGAGCCAGGCCCACGCCACCCCCCCCUCCUCUCUGCCCGCCGGGCCCCAGCAGGUCCCCCAGCUCGACCCCGCAGACCCCCCCGGCGGCAAGGCCGUCUCCCUCGGCAAGAUGAAGAAGCCUCACGCGGACAAAGACAGCGACGAGUACCGCCAGCGCCGCGAGCGCAACAACCUGGCGGUGAAGAAGAGCCGCAUGCGGUCGAAGCAGAAAGCGAUGGACACGCAGCAGAGAGUCAACGAGCUGAAGGAGGAGAACGAGCGGCUGGAGGCCAAGAUCAAGCUGCUCAGCAAAGAACUGAGCGUGCUCAAAGACCUGUUCCUGGAGCACGCUCACAACCUGGCCGACAACGUGCAGCCGCCCGCCGACGGAGCUAGCCCCGCCCCCAACAACGCCUCGGCCAAUGGGCAGUGAGCGGGGGCGGGGCCUGGGGAGCGUUCACUGCUGCAGGAAACUGGUUCUUCUUCACUGCUUCAAAUCUGUCACUUUUAACCCUCCCUGACCUCUGACCCCUGACCCCCCAUCAGACAGCUCCC